GAUUUGGAUAAGGUUUUGGUGAAAAACCAGAACCGAUAGAGAUAGAGAGAGAGAUUUCUCGUCGCUCGAUGACUCUAAGCCGUUCAUCAGCCGCCGAUUCAACCAAUAACUCUAACCGAUCUUACUCUGCCGUGGCUGGAACCGAUCAUAAACGGAAACGAGACGAUUACGACCCCUCGUCGUCUCCUGAUUACGUCGGCGUUGUUGAUCUUCUCCAGAAAAUGAAGAAACAGGAAAUUGACGCCGAUCAUAUGGCUGCGUCGGCUCAACAGACUUUGAUUUCGUGGAGAUCCGGUGAGAAUUCCGGAUUUAAUCGGUCUCUUUCUUCUUCCGGCGAGUGUUCUUCGUCGAAUCGUCCUGAGUCGACUCGGUUACAAAUCUUUGUGAGGAUGAUGUCUGGAGGUAAAACGAUUGUGAUCCACGCUGAUAAAAACGAUACUGUUGAGAAGCUUCAUGAGAGAAUCGAGUGGAAAACGAAGAUUCCGGUGAGUGAGCAACGAGUUAUCUACAAAGGUAAGCAGUUACAGUAUGAACACUCGCUUGCUUACUACUCGAUCGAGCAAGACGCUUCGCUUCAGCUCGUUGGUAGGAUGCAGAGCACAGAGCAUCCUGUAGCUUGGCAAACGAUUGAUGAUAUUAUGUACACAAUUUCGAGAAUGUAUAAAGGUGAGAAUCUUCAAUCUAACAUAAAUGAGAAGAUUGUUACUUUCUUCGCGAUGAUUCCUGUGGAGAACGAUGAAUCGAUUGCGAAAUAUUUGAAGAUUUUCUCGAAUUCUUCGGUUCCAGCUGCGUUAGUGAUGCUAUAUGCUUCUUCUUUAGAGAGGAAUAAGUCUUGUGCUAAGAGUUCUGUUAAGCUGUUUUUGAGUAGUUGCGUAGCCUUGCCGAAGAAUCAGCAGAACUAUUGUUUACCGAUAGUGUUAGAGUUUUGUAAAAUUCUUAGGAAAGUUUGCCCUGAUCAGAAGCUAUAUGUUACUUGCCGGAACACCUUGGGCUCAAUGCUGGAAACGUUUGAUAACCCUCGUGUAUUCAAUGAUGGAUAUUCGACUUUUGGGGUGGAGAUUUUCCCCUUCUUUACCGAGUUAACUGGUCUUUUGGUGAAUGAGUUAGUCCAGAAUUCAGGUCCAAGUUUCUGUGACUUUCAUAAAUUUUCUUCAUUUUGGCAACAGUUGAGGAAGGCCAUUGAAUUCAAAGAUGCCGACUCGAUUCCCAAUCUUUUACCUCGGCGAAAUACUCCAUUGGAGGCGGAGAUCAGACAUCUUCAUCAGUUAUUUGGAAGCUUGUUGACGACAAUGGACCUUUGCAUGUGUAGGGUCGAGUCUGACAAAGAAGCUGGAAACAGUGAAACUAGAUCUUCAUCGUGGUCUCAAUAUCUAUCCAUUCUGAAGAUUAUCAAUUCAAUGUCUAACAUCUAUCAAGGUGCUAAGGGACAGCUAACUGUUAUGUUAAAUAAAAAUAAGGCGUCAUUCUGCUUCCUCCUUGUGAAAUUUGCUAAAAGAGGAGAUGACCACCAAUGGGUCUUUGAGUAUAAGGAAGCUACCAACUUUGAAGCUAGGAGGCAUUUGGCAAUGCUGUUGUUUCCUGACGUGAAAGAAGACUUUGAGGAGAUGCACGAAAUGCUCAUUGAUCGGUCCAAUUUGCUAUCAGAAUCGUUUGAGUACAUAGUGGGCGCAAGCCCUGAAGCACUUCAUGGUGGACUUUUCAUGGAAUUCAAGAAUGAGGAAGCUACAGGUCCUGGUGUUCUACGAGAAUGGUUCUAUCUGGUAUGUCAGGAGAUAUUCAAUCCAAAAAAUACCCUCUUUCUUCGAUCUGCUGAUGAUUUUAGAAGAUUCUCUCCAAACCCAGCAUCCAAGGUGGAUCCAUUGCAUCCUGACUUCUUCGAGUUCACCGGUCGUGUGAUUGCCUUAGCUUUGAUGCACAAAGUUCAAGUGGGUGUGCUGUUUGAUCGUGUUUUCUUCUUACAAUUGGCCGGACUGAAAAUUUCUUUGGAAGAUAUUAAGGACACCGAUCGAAUUAUGUACAAUAGCUGCAAACAGAUUCUGGAAAUGGAUCCCGUGUUUUUCGAUUCAAACGCCGGCCUUGGUCUAACAUUCGUGUUGGAAACCGAGGAGCUAGGAAAGAGGGAUACAAUAGAGCUAUGUCCAGGCGGGAAAUUCAAGGCUGUCAACAGCGAGAACAGGAAACAAUAUGUCGAUCUCCUCAUUGAACGCCGAUUUGCCACACCAAUAUUUGAGCAAGUAAAACAAUUUUCCCGAGGUUUCACUGAUAUGCUUUCGGAUUCUGUACAGCCCAGAUCCUUUUUCAAGAGAUUAUACCUAGAGGAUCUCGACGGAAUGCUUCGAGGAGGAGAAAACCCGAUAAGCAUAGAUGAUUGGAAAGCGCACACAGAAUACAACGGAUUCAAAGAGACCGAUCGCCAAAUAGACUGGUUCUGGAAGAUUCUGAAGAAAAUGACAGAGGAAGAACAGAGGAGUAUACUGUUCUUUUGGACAUCGAAUAAGUUUGUACCGGUGGAAGGGUUUAGAGGAUUAUCAUCAAAGCUUUAUAUCUACAGAUUAUAUGAAGCUAAUGAUCGUCUUCCAUUGUCUCAUACUUGCUUUUACCGUCUCUGUAUACCGAGAUACCCGACGAUGACUCUCAUGGAACAACGUCUCCGACUCAUCGCUCAAGAUCAUGUCAGCUCCAGUUUCGGUAAAUGGUGAAAUAAUUAUCAAAGUAAUCU